ACAACGUCUGCAGCAAUGAAAUGACGGUAGCCAACACAAAUAACCAGUGACUUGAACAAACAACAACAAAUAACUCAAGGCGGCCAUUUGUAGUUCGAAAUCGCAUCCGCACGCGCACCCCAGCGCUCUCUCUCCACACACACACGACUGCCAUCGACCACCAUCGUCACCCUUCGUGUCGAGAACGUUGGCGAGACGCCUUCUCCCUGAUGUAGUCGGAGUACUCCACUAUGAUGUCAGCUGACCGGUCUCGACUGCGGAGCCAGCGGUCGUAGCGGCGUUGUGCCUCUUCGGAUACUGACGGAUGGCAUGUCACAGACAGACAGACAGACACAUUCAGAUGGUCACACACACGCUCGCUCAUUGGUUGUGUGUGUGGGGUCGGGUUCUUACCGGGUUUCGGCAUUCGCCGUCCCUCCAGACGCACGACGAAUGGGUCCUUCCGGCUGAGUCCCCUGCACACACACACAUACACACAGACAGACACAUCACGGAGGGCGAGAUGAACACAGACAGGCAGCAUCCGAAAGGUGCGCGACCGGCGUGUCGGUGAGCGUGUCGGUGACCACGUAGCAGUACCUGUUUCCACAGACGUCCACGAUGCGCUGUGUGUCUUUCGCGUCUUCACAGUUCAUCAGUUCACCGCCAGAGCAGUAGACCAAAAGGAACCCCUUGACGUCGGAAAUGGUGUCGAAGGCCACGAGCAAGAGCGGG